GUGGAGGCUUUAAGAGGACUUCCAACUCCUGUAAAAACACAGACCAGAGGACUACUAACCAACAUUUCAGGCUGAUGCUCCAGACUUCAAAGUUACUCUCUAACUCUUAAUUAUAUCAUAUCUGUGUCGACACACUCUGGGAAAAGACUGAAGAAAUAAUCUUUUCAAGAAGGAGGUACAUUUAAAAGAAAGCUCCUGCAUACAUAGGCUGAUACGCCACCUACUGCAAAACUGAGCUGACAGCGCAGGCGAUGCUGCCAGCAUUUCCAUUCCAUCACCAGGCUGGGGCUGAAUAAAGGCGUGCUUGUGUGGUAGUGUUUCUUUUUAAAAAAUCUCAAAGCCAAGAAGAACAAGCCGAAAUAGUAUCUUCAAAAAAUGGAGCGUAAAAUAAACAGAAGAGAAAAAGAAAAGGAGUAUGAAGGGAAACACAACAGCCUGGAAGAUGCUGAUCAAGGAAAGAACUGCAAAUCCACACUGAUGACCCUCAACGUUGGUGGAUAUUUAUAUAUUACUCAAAAACAAACACUGACCAAAUACCCAGACACUUUCCUUGAAGGUAUAGUAAAUGGAAAAAUCCUCUGCCCGUUUGAUGCUGAUGGUCAUUAUUUCAUAGACAGGGAUGGGCUCCUCUUCAGGCAUGUCCUAAACUUCCUACGAAAUGGAGAACUUCUAUUGCCCGAAGGGUUUCGAGAAAAUCAACUUCUUGCACAAGAAGCAGAAUUCUUUCAGCUCAAGGGACUGGCAGAGGAAGUGAAAUCCAGGUGGGAGAAAGAACAGCUAACACCCAGAGAGACUACUUUCUUGGAAAUAACAGAUAACCACGAUCGUUCACAAGGACUGAGAAUCUUCUGUAAUGCUCCUGAUUUCAUCUCAAAAAUAAAGUCUCGCAUUGUUCUGGUGUCCAAAAGCAGGCUGGAUGGAUUUCCAGAGGAGUUUUCAAUAUCGUCAAAUAUCAUCCAAUUUAAAUACUUCAUAAAGUCUGAAAAUGGCACUCGACUUGUACUAAAGGAAGACAACACCUUUGUCUGUACCUUGGAAACUCUUAAGUUUGAGGCUAUCAUGAUGGCUUUAAAGUGCGGUUUUAGACUGCUGACCAGCCUGGAUUGUUCCAAAGGGUCAAUUGUUCACAGCGAUGCACUUCAUUUUAUCAAGUAAUUACCUGUGUCACGAACAAAGGCAACAAGCAUGCAGCCAGCAAGCUUCGGAAAACUACAGCAUCAAAGGCAUCCCAAAUAACGUGCCCAGCUAGCUCUGUACUACAGAGCCCUGCUACUAAUCAAUUACUGUGAGCUAACGGUAUGUAAAUUCUAUCGCUAAAGAUGUCCUUCCUCUGGGGUGUUCCUGCUGAUCAGACUCUCUCACCUAAAAUGAAAACAGUAACCUUCUAUAUACUGUAAAUAAAGACUGAAUGCUUUUGCUAUUUGUUUAUUUGUCCCUAAGCUGUCUUUCAGUCAGAAUGUCUUGGGUAUUUGCACAAAAAACAAAGCAUGUACAUUAUCGAUUGUUUAUUUAAGGAAAUGGUAAUAAAAUAUUUUAAGGGGCUACUAAGAUUUAAAAUCCUUUCUACUAUGGCAAAAACCUACAAAGAAACUGAGCUGGUAAAAUUAACCACCUGGAGAAAAACAGAUGUGCAGAUCUAACUAAAACAGAGCUGUAGUGAAACAAAAAGAGACUGUAAGAAGGCAUUAAAGUUACUGAUUUGAUUUUUCAUAGCAGGCACCAAAAGCUUACAUUCACAGUUCCUGUGUUUCAUACUAGAAUUAUAGCUGGAUUAAUAUUUUGCUGAAAAUUCCUAGAAAACUGCUUGAUGACAAUAAAAAGUAAAUAAAAGCACUGCUACCUUCUUUGAUUGUAUUAAUGAUUAUAAUAAAAAGUUACAACUCACUUUAAAAGCAAACAGUACCACUUGAUGAUUUUGCACAAAAUUAUGCAUUGAUGUAGUCAACCCGCAGGCUAUAGUAACCCUGGCUGGUCUUGGAAGUGACAACAAAUUCAAUUCUUUGCAGGCUAAGUUCCCACAAAGCAUGGAUAACUUAGUUUCAUAGAGUAUGUGUUAUUAGAAUAAUAACGGAGUUCAUUUUCA